AUGCCAGAGCUCAAAUGUCCCACCGAGUCCCACCAGUGUGACCUUGGGCAGCGACCUGACCUCGAUGGGGCCUGUUUCCUCAUUCGUAUCGUGAGCAUGUCCAUGGUGAGGUUUAAUUGCAGCCGAGUAUGUAGCCCGCUCAGCCCUGAGCCUGACACGGAGCAAAGCUCCACCACGCUGGGUAGCUGUAAGCAUCGCUGGUACCGCAGGAGGCUAGGACGCAGGAUUGGUGGUCUAGGGGUCGCUCAGGAGCCCCGCCGCGCGUCCGCCGGGUCUCCGCCCUCCGCGCUGCGGCUGCGGCGGGUGAAACUCUCGGCGCUGCCCCCGCCCCCAGUCGCAUCCCCGACCGCGCCCCAACCUGGGCGCUCGCGCGAGGAGCUGCUGCUGCUGCAGAGCACAGCUGAGCAGCUGCGCCAGACGGCGCUGCAGCAGGAGGCGCGCAUCCGCGCGGACCGGGACACCAUCCGCGAGCUCACCCGCAAGCUGGGCCGCUGCGAGAGCGGCCUGCCGCGCGGCCUCCAGGACGCCGGGCCCCGGCGCGACACCAUGGCCGACGGGUCCUGGGACUCGCCCGCUCUCGUCCUGGAGCUGGAGGACGCCGUGCGCGCCCUCCGGGACCGCAUCGACCGCAUCGAGCAGGAGCUCCCGGCCCGUGUGAACUUCUCAGCUGCCCCAUCCUCGGUCCCCGCAGUGCCCACCACCCUGCACGCCAAGAUGGACGAGCUGGAGGGGCAGUUGCUGGCCAAGGUGCUGGCACUGGAGAAGGAGCGCGCGGCCCUCAGCCACAGCAGCCACCGGCAGCGGCAGGAGGUGGAGAAGGAGCUGGACGCGUUGCUGGGCCGUGUGGCUGAGCUGGAGCAUGGAUCCUCAGCCUACAGCCCCCCGGACGCCUUCAAAAUCAGCAUCCCAAUCCGCAACAACUACAUGUAUGCCCGCAUGCGGAAGGCGCUGCCUGAGCUCUACGCCUUCACUGUCUGCAUGUGGCUGCGGUCCCGGUCCGGCAGCACUGGCCAGGGCACCCCCUUCUCCUACUCGGUGCCUGGGCAGGCCAAUGAAAUAGUGCUUCUGGAGGCAGGCCAUGACCCCAUGGAGCUGCUGAUCAACGACAAGGUGGCCCAGCUGCCCCUGAGCCUGAAGGACAAUGGCUGGCACCACAUCUGCAUCUCCUGGACCACGCGGGAUGGCCUGUGGUCUGCCUACCAGGAUGGUGAGCUGCAGGGCUCCGGCGAGAACCUGGCUGCCUGGCACCCCAUCAAGCCUCAUGGGAUCCUCAUCCUGGGCCAGGAGCAGGACACCCUCGGUGGCCGGUUUGAUGCCACCCAGGCCUUCGUGGGUGACAUUGCCCAGUUUAACCUGUGGGACCAUGCCCUGACACCUGCCCAGAUCCUGGGCAUUGCCAACUGUACCGAGCUGCUGCCGGGCAACGUCCUCCCCUGGGAAGACAAGCUGGUGGAGGCCUUCGGGGGUGCAACCAAGGCCACCUUUGAUGUCUGCAAGGAGAGGGUCAAGCCAUGA